GCAAGGACUCCAAAUCGAUUAUCGAGUGAAUCAACGGCGCCUCCCAUCGGACUUCAUCUUUCACAAUGGCGGAUAAACAAAAUGCUCAAAAAAGUGUCAAAAUAGCCGCUGGAGCUGUAGUUUGUGUUGAAAGUGAGAUUAGAGGAGAUGUCACCAUAGGCCCCAGGACGGUAGUCCACCCAAAAGCUCGUAUCAUCGCAGAGGCAGGACCCAUAGUGAUUGGAGAAGGCAAUUUGAUCGAGGAGCAAGCUCUGAUCAUUAAUGGGUACCCCGAAAACAUCACCCCAGAGUCUGAGGUGGAGCCAAAGACAAUGACUAUUGGCAUGAACAAUGUAUUUGAAGUUGGUUGUGUAUCACAAGCUUUGAAAAUUGGGGACAACAAUGUGAUUGAAUCCAAAGCUGAUGUUGGUAGGAAUGUGAUCCUCACCAGCGGCUGUAUCAUUGGAGCCUUCUGUCAGGUCAACACCUGUGAGGUCAUACCUGAGAACACGGUCAUCUACGGCUCUGGAUGUAUGAGGCGGGUUCAGACGGAGAGACCGCAGCCCCAGACCCUUCAGCUUGACUUUCUGAUGAAGAUUUUGCCAAACUACCACCAUCUGAAGAAAACUGUUAAAGCUAGCCACAACGCUAGCUAAAAUGUAGCUUUGUUCUGCUACUUCUUAUGUUGGAUUGUAAAUGGCGAGCAAACCCAUUAUUUAUAUAGACCUGUCCAGAAGGAAGCAUGAAUGUAUAUAUAAUAUGUACCUAGCUUCAACAGUGCUUUUUCUCACUGACUGAUAAAUAUUUUCUACUCUAACAGCUGAUUAAGCAUUUCAUCUUUAUCUUGCUGUGCUGAUGUAUCCUUUUCUAUAAUUAAUUAAAUAACCUCAGAACUGCU